GAUGAUUUGAAAAUGAAGGUGAAAGGAUUAACUUCUAUGAAGAUCUAGCUUCCAAUUUCUUGUUUCUCGAUCGAUAAGACAGAGGACGAUGCAGUGAAUAUGUUGGAGAAAUUUUACCCGGUGAUUGAACUUAAAAUUCCCCUUGCACGCCAAGAAUACUUCUCGUCUCCUCCCUUUUAUAAUCCGUCAGGCGUUGACCAAGUGCAAGUGGCGGGGGAGAUGGAGAAGAAAAGAACAAGAUUGCAUCCCGUUGACUGUAGUUCGUGUUCUGUAGUACUCUUCAUACUCGCCAAUGGCGUCUCGGAGCUCUCUCUCAGUCCGGACAUUGACGAUCCCUCUUAGCUUUCUGCUUCUGGUUCACUCCGUUCACUGUUUCAAUUUAUUUGGCAUCCGCCCAGUGGCUUUCAAGAAGGGGGAUGAAUUGAAAGUGAAGGUGAAAGGAUUAACUUCUACGAAGACCCAGCUUCCGAUUUCUUAUUAUUCACUUCCGUUCUGUCGUCCCAACAAGAUACAGGACGAUGCAGAGAAUCUUGGAGAAAUUUUGCUUGGUGAUCGAAGGGACAAUUCCCCUUAUGAGGCCAAAAUGAUGGAGUUUCAGCUGUGCAAUAUUGUAUGUCGGAUUAAACUCGAUGAAAAAGGAGCUAAAGCGUUGAAGGAGAAGAUUGAGGAUGAUUAUAUGGUUCAUAUGACCCUCGAUAGCCUUCCUCUGGUUCGUCCGAUCAGAAUUUUCGAACACGAAUCUCCUUUUACUUAUCAGCUUGGAUUUCAUAUGGGGCUUAAAGGGUAUUAUCCUGAGGAAAAAACUGAGAAAUACUUCAUCUACAACCAUUUGGCAUUUACUAUCAAAUAUCAUGUAGAUACACAAUCAAAUUCUACUAGAAUUGUGGGAUUUGAGGUUCAACCAUUCAGUGUCAAACACGAAUAUAAAGGGGCAUGGAAAGAAAGGAAUACUCGUCUAUCGACUUGUGACCCAAAAUGGAAGACUACGGUUCUUAACUCCGAUGGUCCUCAGGAGGUCGAGGAGGGAAAGGAAAUCAUUUAUACUUACAACGUCGACUAUCAAGAGAGUGAUGUGGAUUGGUCAUCGAGAUGGGAUGCCUAUCUUGCGACGAGGGAUGACCAAACACAUUGGUUCUCAAUACUGAACGGUUUAGAGUCUAUUCUUGUGAUCUCUGGCAUACUGGCUGUCAUUGUGUGGCGGAUUUACCGUGAUAUUUUUAAUUACAAUGAUCUUGAGACCCAAGAUAGAGUUCAGAAAGAGACAGGAUGGAAACUCAUCCAUGGGGACGUUUUCAGGCCACCGUGUAAUUCGGAUCUCCUUUGCGUCCAUGUUGGAACCGGAGUUCAGAUUCUUGGAAUGAUUCUUGGAACUAUGUUUUUGGCCAUCCUGGGACUCCUCUCCCCUUGUAAUAGGGGCGAUCUUAUUACAACCAUGCUCGUGCUCUGGAUCUUCACGAGCCUCUGCGCUGGUUACGUGUCUGCUCGUCUUUAUAAGAUGUUUAAUGGUACAGAUUGGAUGAAAAUUGCCAUUAAGACGGCCUUCACGUUUCCAACAAUCAUCUAUAUAAUCUUCUUCAUCUUAAACGCUCUCUUAUGGGGUCAGCAAUCAUCUGCAGUAGUGCCAUCUUGGGCAAUGCUUGUUCUUGAGUUUCUAUGGGUUGGAAUCUCUGCUCCACUUGUUUUUGUGGGAAGUUAUGUUGGAUUCAAGAAGGAAGCAAUUGAGAAACCUGUGAAGAUCAACUCACUUCACAGGCAAAUCCCAAGACAGUCCUGGUACAUGAACCCGAUCUCCAUCGUCUUGAUCGGAGGGUUACUCCCCUUUUCGACCGUCUUCAUCGAGUUGUCGUUUAGCCUUAGCGCAACUUGGCUAAAUCAAUUUUAUUGGUUCUUUGGCUUCCACUUGCUGGUUUUCAUCAUCCUUGCGGUGACUUGUGCUGAAAUAUCCAUCAUGCUUUGUUAUUUACAGUUAUGCAGGGAGGACUAUCGCUGGUGGUGGCGAUCGUACAUAACAUCGGGUUCGGUUGCUCUUUACCUGUUCCUCUACUCAAUGGCGUACUUCUCCAAGUCCUUGGAGAUGACCAAGCUUGUUUCUGUGGUAUUGUACAUAGGAUACAUGCUAGUUGCUUCAUAUGCUUUCUUUGUGCUAACAGGUACCAUUGGAUUCUUUGCAUGCUUUUGGUUCACAAGAGUUAUAUAUUCCUCUGUGAAAUUUGAUUAGCAUGAUUUUUUUUUUAAUUUUAGCGAUUGAUUGACAAUUUUUGUGUGUAUCAAACUUGGGAAGCUGAAGUUUCAUGCAGUAGGAACUGUUUGAACUUAUAACUUGUCUCGUUUCUU